AUGGUAAAUUUCCUUCAAGAAAGGGAGUUUGUUARGCGUAAAUGGCUAUCUUAUUCACAAACUGAGGAUAAAGUUUUUUGUAUUGUAUGCAAACUAUUUGGCACAGUCGAYGGAAAGUCUAACCAACUUGCUAGAUGUGGUUCUAAUGACUGGAGACAUAUAUCAUAUAARCUUGAUACUCAUGAAGCAUCUCCAAACCAUUUGCAAUCUGAGGUUAGAAAAGUUAUGUAUUUGAGUAAUCAAAGAGUAGAUAUAAAAUAUUUACAAGAUUCUAAUAGCAAAGUUGCAGAGAAUAGAGAAAUUGUAAAAAUAAUAUUUGAAGUGUUAUUAUAUCUCGGUCGUCAAAAUUCAUCCUUAAGAGGUCAUAAUGAAUCUUGGUUAUUCAAGAAUCAAGGAAACUUUYUCGAAUUAAUUAAGCUUUWUGCUAAACAUAAUGCAUUACUUUCUUCUCAUAUCGCWAUACUUGAAUCUGCCCAGAAAAAAWUCGAUUGA